AUGAAGACUUCGCUUGACUGCGAGCGGUCUGAAGCCGCUGAUAGCGGGAAGGGUCGGAUAUCGUUCAGCGUCGACUCAUUACUGGGCAGCAAGAGUGACACUACAAGAAAUACACCUGACGCUGUCAGUAAUGACGCUGAGAGCGCCGUCGAAUCUGAUGACAGUGACGUGGAUAUAGAAGACGUGGAGUCUAACGUGGGUGAUGAUAGAGAAAAUAAUGAUGAUGAUGAAGCCAGGAGCGGAGUGGUCAUACCACAGCCCUUACUGCCAAGGAUCUACCAAGGACCCUCGCAUGCAUGGCCCUUUGGAGCCUUCCCGUGGAUGACACCCAACCCUAUGUUCAGGGCUGGCUCUCCUAACGUUUUUCUUCCAGCAGGAGCUCCCAGUGGACCGCCCGUGGUACGAUGUCAGUUAAGGAAACACAAACCUAAUAGAAAACCAAGAACACCAUUCACAACACAACAACUACUGGCCUUGGAGAAGAAGUUCAGGGACAAACAGUACCUGAGCAUCGCGGAGAGAGCUGAGUUCUCAUCGUCCUUGAGAUUGACCGAGACUCAGGUGAAAAUAUGGUUCCAGAACCGUCGCGCUAAAGCGAAACGUCUCCAAGAAGCGGAGAUAGAGAAGCUCCGUCUAUCAGCCAGACCUCUCCUACCUCCCUCCUUCGCGUUGUUCGGUGGCGCCACACCUCCAUUAUUCGCCGCCAUGGCAGCCAGACCUCAACUAAGCUUCCUAGGAGGCCCGCCAACACACCAACACGCUAUAAAUAUGAACAUACUCAAUUCCCUCCAACCGCAUUGA